ACUGGUAUAAAACAGAAACCACUUCGUGAAUUACCAUAGCAAUCGGUACGUCGUGAUCAGUCAGGAGUAAGAGCUAAACCUCCACUGACAGUUUUGGUUGAAAUUGUCCAUUUCUGCUGAAGAGGAGUUGGGCAUCGGAAACAACAACUGUAACAUCAAUCAGACAUCUUUGGAAAAGCUUUAUCACUUUGCAUUCCGACUCCACGAUCUGGGUUGAAGAGGAACUGCAGCCUCAAAAGAAAAGAUCGAUCGAAGUAACUUCUGACAUCAUGUCGUCGACGACAUCAUGGAGACACCUGUUCUUCGCAGCCGUGGUCAUGUCCAUGGUCAUGGAGGGCCGGACCGACCCCGUGGCUAUACUUACUAAUCGUUUAAAUAACUUCGAGCGGAGUAUGAGGACCAUGUCCAACAUGAUGCUGGGCAGAAUCAUGAAUCUGGAAAAUCAAAAUAGGGCACAGACCAGGACCCUCACCACAUUGUCUGGAGACACGAAUGAGAGGAUGGACGAACUGUCUCGAACCAACGCCGAGCUCCGCCAGCAGAACGCAGAUCUUCAGACAAUGCUGGGUACCUUUGAGAGGUUCUUUGGGUCGCUCCUGGUUGAUAACCCGGAUGCCUUUGACCAAUCAAGAGGUGCUGUGGAACGUAUAGACAGCCUCAAUGCCUUCCUCGGCAACAGAGCAGCCAUCCUUGCAGGAUUGCGACCUGACCCGGCAACAGUUCCAACCAAUGACACAGUUGACCAGGAAGAACUUGGUCGAGUCUUGACCCAGCUGUCGUCGGUGAACAGUAACCUGGAACAGAAGGUCAGCAAGCUGGAAAGACGGGUGGACAACGGGGCGGAGGCCGCAGGAGACAGGAGCUUGACCGGUGGAACCAAUGACAUCUUUACCCUGGAUCACUGCAGGGAUGGUUUAGUAACUCUAGAGGCAACUGUCAACGCGCUCACAACUACGCAACUCGACAAGGACAAUGCCGACCGCCUUGCUGGGUCACGUGAUGUUAUCUCAGCAGGAGACCGCGCCAUCCUGGAGGGGUCUGUGUAUGGAUCUGCCAGGGGUGUCAACAGCGUCCGCAAGUCUGUGUUCUCUGUGGCCAGUACACGCCCUCUGCUUGGCAGCACCGAAGCUACGACCGUCCCCUUUGAUUACGUUUUCGUCAAUAAAGGCGAUCACUGGAACGGCACAAACCAGAAUUUCGUCUGCGGCAUCACCGGUAUCUAUUGGUUCCACUUUUCACUGCGAUCGUACGAUGGUCACUACAUGGGAGUGACGAUGAUGAAGAACGACGAGGUGGUCACGGCUAUGUACACGGAGAAGAGCGCCCGCAACGUUAUGGAGAGCCAAGGUGUGGUGCUCCCACUCGAGAUCGGGGACAAGGUCUACCUCCGACUGGGACCGUCCACGGAGUUCGCCGUCCACUCCGACGCCUACAAGUACGCGACCUUUUCAGGGUUCCUGGUCUAUAAAGGUCGCUGAAGAAGAAAAAAGUGCUGUCGCUUCAUAAUCAACAUGUGUUAUAGCGGAGCCGAAAAUAUGGCCCCCAAAGUUGCAUUCUUUCAAGAGGAUUUUAUACAAAAUGUGACAUCCAUUUUUGUAAAAACAGUUACAAAGUAGGCUCUAAUUUAAGCUUAUAUGGGUCGUUUCGAGUUAGCAUUCAUGAGAGAUACCGUACUAUGCAAAAACAGGUACAUAUGCAUUCAAAUAAUUGCGAACAUUGGGAAAAUAUGACCUUAUUUGGUGAAAUUUCUUCGUCUUAAAUUAUUUAUUCUUACUCAAAACGUAUAUCACCACGGUCAUGAGUUUACAAAGGCUACCAGUGGGAUGACCGUGAGGCCCGUUCUGUGUGAUAAUUUCAUACAUUUAACAUAAUGUUAAAGGUUUUCAACGAAUCCGUGUCAUUGGUGAGAUGUGAGAUUCUUGACGCGAUUUAAGGACAGUCACAGAGAUUUAUGAAAUGUGUGUACUUAUUACUGAAUUGCUUCAGAAUUUAUCUAUAUUGGUCAAAUCCAAGUGCCUUAUAAGCUCGCUGAAUGUAUACAUGUAUAAUAUUUUCUUUAUUACAUUCCAAAGUGAGCAUAAUCCUAUAUGAUUAGUGAUUUAUUAAA